AUCCUGCUGACUGGGCUGUCACCGAUGUUGUGAAUUAUUUCAGAACAGCUGGAUUUGAAGAACAAGCCAAUGCUUUUCAGGAACAGGAAGUGUCAAUGAGCAUGUUGAGAUCACUGUAUCCAAGAACAAAAGGGAGAAAUAUUUACAGAGAAGUAGGGGACAUUGCCAAUUCUUUUCUCACCAUUCCGGCACUGCUCAGCUUCACAAAAGCGGAUUCCAUCAGGAACACAUAUGAAUGAGUGGAUGUGGGGAACGCCAUCCUGCAAUGUAGAGCAGACAUAGCCACUCGGGGCUCGCCCUGCACAGCCGGGAAACCAAAAUGCCUGCGGGAUCUGCACGGUGCCUCCCUGCUUUGCUCUUACUUCUCUCCUCCGUGCCCCUGUGGGCCGCUGAGAUUUCCUGCAGGAAUGAAGACGGGGAGACGGUGGAUUGGUUCGCUCUUUACAAGUUGCCAAAACAUACCAAAGGACAGAUUCCCAUGCUGGGACUGGAAUACCUGUACAUGGAUGCCCUGGCUCCGCAGUGGCAGCUUGGUAAAUACCUCAUCAACAUGACACAGAGUGCUCUGGGACAGACACUGCAGCAGCUGUAUGAGACGUAUGAAUCCAAGAGGAACACCACUGCAUAUGCAAUAUACAACGAUGAGAUCCCUGAAUCAGACUCCAAAGGGUGGAAAUGUGGACACACCAAAGGAUUUCUGCUCUUGGAUAAAUCACAAGGCUUCUGGGUGAUUCACAGUGUGCCCCUGUUCCCUCCCAUCCCUGAGGAUGGUUAUGGAUAUCCAUCUACUGGGGAGUCCUUCGGACAGACAGCCAUCUGUAUAACUUUCAAAUAUGAUCAAUUCACAGAAAUAGACCAACAGAUGCUGAGUUAUAAUCCAGGAGUCUACAGCUGUUCCAUCCCUGACAUCUUCCAAGCUGAUCUCCCAAAUCUCCAGAAACUCUGUGCAAAGUCCCGGCUGCCCUCGGUCCCCGUGCGCCGCCUCUCCAAGCUCCAGUCAGCUCAUGGGGAAACCUUUCUCCACUUUGCAAAGUCACACUUGUUCAUAGAUGAUAUCUAUGUGGCCUGGAUGGCUCAGGAACUGAAGACUGAUUUGUUGGCUGAAUCCUGGCAGCGUUCUGGCGAAAAACUUUACUCAAAUUGCUCUCUUGACUACCACGUCUACAACAUAAACGUAAUAGGGAUGCCAUUGAACUCCUCCUUUCAUUCUAUUAAUGAUCAUUCCAAAUGGGCUGUUUCAAGGAAAUACAAAGAUCAGUGGACAUGUAUUGGGGACUUGAACCGUGCUGCUGAGCAAGCUUGGAGAAGUGGUGGGUUCAUCUGUACCCAGAAUGAUCAGAUCUACAAAGCCUUCAGGCAUUUGAUAAUCGACUAUGAAAGCUGCACUUCUGCUCCCGGAGUGCUAUAACAAACCAUUCCUCCCAACCAGCACAGCCCUUGUCACAUGGAAAGUGUAGGAAAUGUCUCCCUUGAACUGUAUUUUCACUCUGGAAAGCAGCCCUGUGAGUUUCCAGACAAGCUCUGCUGUCCCCUUGUUAGCUGUAGGAGCAGGUGGUGUGCAGGUAAAGGGGAGCUGUUUUCCUGUGGUGUGGAGCCCUCAGGGUGUGUGCUGGGCCCUGCUCCACUCCCCCGGCUCCUCUCACCAUCCUCCCCUGGGAUGGGACAGGAGGGACGCUGCUGCACGGGGCUGCUCCAAAGCACAUCUCUGUGAACACCCUGCACAGGCAUCCCUGGGCAGCUUGGGAGUGGGGCUGGGUGUGGGACAGGAGGGACAACAGAAACCUCUCUCAUGAGCUGGGCUGUCAGGACUGGGCAGGUAGCAAGGCAUAAGUAUCCCCAAAUACUUCAAAAUUGCCCUUGAUUUCUGGCACUGUCGAGAUAAAUCACAGCAUUUCUGCUCAGCUUGGGCUGAAUCUCUAAAAGAGCUGAGAAAAUUUGAUCCAGACAGGGAGAUGAGUAGAUCUGUGGACAGGAAGGCCUUAUUUUUACAUGAUUCAUUUCUAGAGAAUUAAUGAACUUUAAAUCAUCUUUAAAUUAUCUGUAACCAAUAGCUUGGGAAUAUUUCUAGUGCUUUUAUUCAUGUACAGCAAUUUUAUAAACAAAUAAACAUGUCCAAAAUACAAAUAAACAAAAUAAGGAGCAAAAGUGGAAUGUUUACAUUCUCCCUCUUCCAUCUGCAUAGUUAUUUCUGGUUGGUUACAAUGUUAUAUAGCUGCCAAAGGAAAAAUUGAGACAAUUAGGAAAAAACAUAAAGAGAAGAAUAUAUUUGAAGAAAGAUGUUAUUUAACCUACACAACAGAUGUGGCUGUUAAUUUUCAAUACCUCCAGUCUUAGGCUUAGGACCUAAGUUUGCAUGGUCUUGCUAUAAAGACAAAGCUGAUUUGCAAAAUCCUGACACAUUCUUGCGUUCAAAUGUCAAAAAUGUAUCUGUAUUUAAUAUGUUCCUAAACAUAUUUAUAUGUUUCUAUAUAAUUCCUUUUUUUUCCCUGAAUUGCUAAUAUAAACUCCAGUCUGAAGAGCUGGUUGUCCCACUGAAAUUUCUGUUUUGCUGUGUUCAUAGUCCUUACUAUGAUCCUCCACAACAGUGUCUUAAAAGGAAGUAGGUAUAAAGAAAUGCUCCACAACCACAAGAGGUUGCCAAAGAUUUCCUUCCCUUUUCAUCCUGAACAAUCAGCCAAACUAUGAAGCAUCCAAGGUGUCAAGUGAAUUAAUUUCAGAAAAUAUUUGUGCAUAUUUCUUGAAGAGAUAGAAAUAAUGUAUGUGGCCUGCAUAAUGAAGAGAACUGUACAGGAAUAGGUUUCAUAAUCAGCCAGUCUGGACUGAAGGUAGCUUAUAGCUUGAGUCUCAUAGCUCAGUGAAAAUAGUGUUGUUGCUUAGAUAUCCUGCAAGAAAUUUUUUAUUUUCUCUGCAUAUGACCCAAUAACAUUUGAUAAAGAAUUUGUUUGAUAAUGUUCUUUCUCUGAUGCCUGUCAAAUUGUUUUACAUACUUACUUCUCGCUGUUUUGCUAGCUGUGGUCAAGCAACACCUUUGUGGCAGCGAAAAUUGCCAGUGACACGGAACACUGUGCCAUGGGAUGCUAGGGCAUCGCUCAGAUAAGCCAAGACAAAAUUAAUUUCUCUUGCCUAUCUUUUCAUGGCAGACACUAACCUCACCUACCUGACUGAGCUCUUGUAUCUUGCCCACAGCUUUGUGUAAGCAUGCCUUCAGUGGACAGGGCUGGCAAGAAAUCCUCCGCUGGAGACAGUGCUGACGAGCUCACCGUGUGUGUCAGAGAGUGCCUGGAUCUGUGGCACAACCUGUAUUUCUUGUAGCAUUUUCAAAUGCUCAGCCACAGCAUUUGGGUCACAGGGUGCCCUAGCAAAGAGUCUGUGUCUCACUGGUUGUCACAACAGUGUUGCCAGCACCCUACUCCCCAGGCCAGACGUCACCAGUGCAUCACUUGAAAUAAGUGCUGAUUGCUGUUCUUAAUUAUUUGGUCAAUUAAUAGCUGUCAUAAAGUUUUACAAGACUACUUAAACAUUUCUCUUUCAUUAUACCCAAGACUGGUUGCCUCCAUUUUAGCUGUAACUGAGGAGGCAUAAAGAGCAGAAGAAGAUGCAGAGAAACAGCUGUACCAUACAGCACUACAAGCACCUCAGCAGCCUGGCUGUCCACAUGCUCAUUUCAGUGGUGUAGCAAUAAAAAGGCUGCAGAUCUGGUUCUCUCAUUUUUUUAACUGUAAACAACUUUAAUUCAGUUUUGCUUUUGUUGUGUAACUUCUGUAUUUGCAUAUCCUAGUAUUUCUGCUACACAUGUUAUGACACAUGGGCAGACUCUUUGUUUCCCAAAAGAGACUAAUAAUCAACAAAAUAAACCAUAUAUAUUUUUAAA